AUGGAGCUCGAUGACUACGACCGGAAAAUGAAGCAGCUGGUGGAUGAUGAGAACACCUACGAAAAGUUGAAUAGGGAUCCAACUGGCAGCAUCGAAUCCAAGAACAAUCAAUUCGUCAAGAGGCUGAUGGAUCUAAAGCUCAUCGAUGCACAACAGGCAUACCGGUUGAAAAGUAAUACGGCUAUUUGUCCCCGUAUUUACGGUUUACCGAAGGCGCAUAAGCCGGAGCUUCCUCUGCGACCAGUAGUGCCGAACAUAACAAGUCCAACUUAUCAACUCUCCAAAUAUGUUAGCAACAUCAUCCAGGCAGCCACCAACUGUGAGUACAACAUUCGUGACUCAUUCACGUUUGCAGCUGAAAUCAAACACUUGAAGGUUCCUGAAGAUCACGUCAUAGUCUCGUUCGACGUGAUUUCUCUCUUUACAAACGUCCCGAAAGAACUGAUUCUCCGGGCCAUUAGAGAAGAUUGGGACCGUAUCAAGGAACACACACAGAUCAAUAUGUAUCUCUUCCUUGAAAUCGUGAAUUUUUGUUUGGACAACAGUUAUUUUAUGUUUCGUUCCCAAAUAUACUCGCAAAAAUUCGGCACAGCUAUGGGAAGCCCGCUAUCGCCAAUACUGGCGGACAUAGUGCUUAACAAACUGAUAACAACAGUCGUACAGAGCCUAGAUUUCGUAAUACUGUUCCUUAAGAAAUACGUAGAUGACUUUUUCAUCGUUCUACCCAGAGACAAAGUCCAAGCCACACUAGAAGCAUUCAACAACUACAACGAACGCCUACAAUUUACCGUGGAGGAAGAAAACAACGGCCGCCUCCCUUUCCUCGACAUACUGGUUAUCAGAAAUGAUGACCAAACAUUGUCGACCGAAUGGUACAGCAAGCCAAUUUCGUCGGGCAGGCUGCUCAACUACCAUUCGUUCCAUCCCAUCCAGCAAAAGGUCAACGUCGUCGCCAACUUCAUAAAACGUGUAAUAGGGUUAACAUCCACCCCCAACGUAGACCAAAUCAAACGAGUAGUACACGCACAGCUUCGACGCAACAACUAUCCCCCGUCAUUGAUAAAUCGAUUACUCUAUCGAUCUUUCGGUUCCAACAGUUUAACUCGAGUUGAGCCUGAAAUAGAAGACCACAUUGGCAUUGAUUGCUACGUAGCGCUUCCGUACAUUCCGCAGCUGAGUGAAUCAAUCGCCAAAUGCCUGAAAAAAGACUAUCCUCGUAUCAAAAUCGCCAAUCAGAACGCUAAGACUGCCAAGAUUGUUUACACUAAAGUUAAAGAUCCAGUCGAAUCAAUGCUACAACACAAUGUGAUCUAUAACAUCCCCUGCCAGAACUGUGAUAGAUGUUAUAUAGGCAUGACGUCCAAUAAACUGAAAACCAGACUCAGUGGACACAAGUCGAAUAUAAACAAGCUCAACAGACUAUUGGAACAAGGAUACACAAACAAUGAUGAAGCAGUGGUUAAUAUUAAUCAUCGAUCGUUCGCUUGCAGCAUCUCGUCUUCCAAUGCUAGAAUGCCUCCACAUCCAGAACACACCAUCAACAGUCAACUACAGGACCGACACAGAAGGAAUAAGUGCAAUAUACACCGGUUUACUCCAAACGAUAGCAACAAAAUCCAGAAGCAGAAUCAAAACAAACACCCCACCACCCUCAACGUCAACCCCUCCAAUAGCCCGGAUCAACCAACAACAAUCCACUACAAGCCCACAAUACCAGAGCCAACCAAUACCACCCAUGAAUAA